UAAUUUUAAUGAAAGUUAAAUUAAUCAUUUAAUUAAAUUAAUAAUCAUAGUUAAUUAACUUAAAUCAUUAAGUUUCUUUUAAUUUGGUCAAAGUCAAAAGUAUCUUUCUUUAUUUCAAACUUCACCCAAAGCUUUUAUGAUUAGGCAAUUCAGUCCUGAGGUUUCAAACCCUUUUAAAUCAAUCUUCCAUGUUUUUGAACUUAAUCAAAUCAGUCCUUUUAAUCUUUGUUUGUGUUUAUGGUGCAUGCAUGUCUUCGAUUUCCUCCAUUUUUGUAAUACCCCAAAAUUUUGUGAUAUUUUAGCAUUAAGUGAGGACCUUUGUGAGAGGAAAUAUGGUUUUGGGACUUAAUAGCCAAAGAUUUCAAAGUUCAGGGACUUAUAGGAGGAAAAUCUAGAAGGGUCGGCUACUUUUCUUUUUCUUCUUUCUUCUUCUUCUUCUCCCCGUUGCAGCCACCCGAAAGAAGAAAAAAAAAAAAGGGAACCCGGCACCAGCCUUGGAGAAAUCGGUAGAAAGCUUGAAAUUCCCCAUUCUUUCUUGUUCAAUAACCAGAUUUGGAGCUUAGAAUUGCCCCCCUCUCUGCAGAAAUCCGGAUCUACUCUGCUCUGCUCUGUCUUCACUGCCGGCUGCUCCUGCUUUGUGGGGUGCGAAUUGCUCGAGUUUUUGGUAAGAAACAGCUCGAAAUUCCCCUUUUCUCACUUGAUUUGGCUUGGGUUUACUCUAAACCCUCUUGAUUUCUCCAAUUUUCCGUGGAUUGCGUGAUUUUUCUCCUGCAGAUUGCCGCCGGCCUUCCCCCAAUUGCAGUCCGGUUUUGCUUGUUAAAUUCCGGAAGCGAAACCGAGGACGGGGAAACCACGGGAAGUGACGAGUUAAAAACCUAGCCAUUUCAAGAUUGAUAUAGAUUUUAGAUAUAGAUCAUGAUCUUGUAAACUGGAUUUUAAUUGGAGAUUUUAUAAAUUCAUUGAAUGGAUUGUUAGUUACAAGAGAUUUGACCUUGAGAUUUUGGUGGUAUCAGAUUGAGAUUGUGAUAUGAUAAGUUCCGAGCCUUGUGUAUUUGU